UUGGCAACUGCGCAACGAGUCAGAUUCGGGAGAGUAACUGAGGGAAGGCGACGGGGGACGGCGAUUUUCGUGGAAAUUUUGUGAAAUUUCAUUCCGAUUGAGCGCAGAGGUGUCUGCAUACGUAUCGGUGGUUGCAGCAGUUGUCGCUCGGCGGUCGAGCUUACGUGAGGUCAAGUGCACGUGCCAGCAGCAGUCGCAACAACAGAAACGUUGUGUGUGUGUCAUCGGUGACUGAAGCGGAUUAAUAUGCUGGCGGCCCGGAGUCAGCGUUCAGAAGAUGGCGUCCGAGUCGUCCCGACAGCAGCGCAAGAGGCUGUGUAGGUUCCAGGCGUACUGGAUCGACACGCAGGACAGCGAGUUCGCAAGCUGGUUGUCGCCGGACGCCGCCGGAAACCCGCACAAGGCGUACUGCUCGCUGUGCAACAAGACGUUCAACAUCGGCCACGGCGGCCUCAACGACGUCAAAUUGCAUUGCAAGGGCAAAAAGCACUUCGAACUCUACUGCAAACACCGCGCCGCCCUCGGCUUGCACCAGCCCUGUGCACCUAAGCCGGCCGACACCGAGUGUGCUGAUCGGCUCACCAGCGAGUGCAGCCUGCCCGAUUUCCUUAGCGUCGAGACUGAACUGAGCGAGGGCGGCGCCGAAAUCGAGCUGCACGUCGACACCGAUGACACCGAAGACGACGACGACCAAACCUCAGCUCUGAACUGCGAGAUCAAGGCCAAGGAGGAGGAAGAGACGGAGGACGAGGAAGAGGUGAGACAACUGGACCCUGAAACAGUGCCACCCCCGCAGCCGAAACGGCUGCCAUUGCUGCUACCAAAACCGUCGCCCAAGGCAAUGGAUGCGACAUCUGUAGCCAGUGGCCAGGCAAAGAUGGCCAGCAUGGCACCCAACGCAGACCCACAGCAGUAUUGUCUGCGGUGGAAGUACCACCACAACAACCUGCAAGUUAUGUUCUCACAGCUGCUCGAGAGGGAGAGCUUCUGUGAUGUCACCCUUGCCUGCGAGGGAAAACUCCUCAGAGCCCACAAAGUGGUUCUCUCAGCAUGUUCAACAUAUUUUGACCAGAUCUUCACGCAGCAUGACUCGAAAAACCCGAUUGUGAUAUUGAAAGAUGUCAAAUACGAAGACAUCAAAGCACUUGUAGAAUUUAUGUACCGCGGAGAAAUCAACAUUGAGCAGUCUCAUUUAGCGUCGCUCUUAAAAACAGCUGAGGAGCUGAAGGUCAAAGGGCUUGCAGAGGUUUCGUGGAGGACAGACGAGGCGGCCGCGGCAGCCACAAGCGCCGCGCGGAUCGACGAAGAUGAAGACCCAAGCAGCAAACGCCGCCGCAUGGCCUCUUCGCCAGCAUUCCGGCCCAGAGUGACUAAUGUCAUGGGUGGCAUGGCCAGCAUCCCCAAGCAUGGCGCGGCUAACUUCCUAAACAUCUCCAUGCAAAAUGAUGAUAAUGGUACAGCGAUGGCAGAGAACUAUGGAUCUGACUAUGAGAACGAUCAGAAUGAUGGAAUGGACCCAGAGGACUCCAUGCAGAGCAAUGGUUCCUACAGGGGCUGCGUUGAUAUGGUUGGUGGCGCCAACGUUCAAAACGACAAACGUGCCUCGCCUGUGCUUGAUGAGCGGACGCGAGAGCUGUUCAAAAACGUGCCCAAGAUGAAUGACUACCUGGUGACGGGCCGCCGACAGCAGUUCUGGGAGGAGCCGUUCAUGCGGCGUCUGAUGGACGCGAUCAAGAACAAAGAGGUCGAGAUGAAGCUGGUGGCGGAGAUGCUAGGUGUGUCGUACGGAACGCUAUACGGCCGCUACCGGGACACGCACGGCUGCCUCAAACAUCCUUACCGAAUGCGCGACUUCUGGAAUGAACCCGGCCCCUCGGAUGUGAUCCAAAAGCUGAAGAACAAGGAGGUGACGCUCAACGAGGCCGCAGACAUGCUCAACGUCUCGAUGAACACGCUGACAAGUUACGUAGCAUCAAUGCCGACCGCCUUCAUGGGUCGGCCGGACGCGGCGGGCGAGUCAUCGGCCACGGCGGCCGUGUUCGCGGCCGCCCGGCUGCCGCCAGACAUCACCGUGGCGGCCACCGCGCAGAAGGCCAUCAAGGAGGAGCACCUUUACCACCAACAACACCAGCAGCAACACCAGCAGCUCAACGGCUGUAACAUGUCCAGCAUGGGCCCUGAUGAGGAUGAUGAUGACGAUGACGAUGAGGACAUAGUCCUUCCGCAGCAGCUUCUUCAGCUACAGCACCAGCAGCAUUGACGCUGGCCCCACUGAAGCGCCUGCCCGCCGCCCGCCGGACGGACAACCGGACAAUCUACCCUGCCGCCUAGUUUGGGCCAUGUUCGCCCAGCGCACUUGACCGACGAGUGCGCGCGGAACAUUGGUGUGCGGCAUCUUCCGUUUUGAAUCCGCCGCCAUCUCAUCGUCCUCUUUAUUUAUUCCAUUUGAGCCCCGGUUCAGCUCUCUACCCUUUCAUACGAAUAAACGUCCCUCCCUUGCCAUUGACCCUCCCUGAAACGAAAAGUGCAGCUUCGACGAACAGCUCAACUGGCAACAACUGUCCGAGGCUGAGAAUAAAUAGUGAUAGAAAGAAUUUUUGAUUGACUUUCACCGUUUUCACGGUACAUUGCUUAGCCAGGCAGGGACGCUCGUUACGGCCAUGUGAUUGGGAAUUAACCCAAAAUUGCUAAUCAUGCUCUGAAAAGUACUGAGAAUGAACCAAGAAUUUUAAAAUUCUGUGAUCCGUCAUUUAUACAUGAUGUAUGAGGUAUCAAAAUACAUUUUUUUAGUUAACCUUCUCUUUUGGGUCCUGUUCGUUUUCAGUGGUUAAAUUCAACCCUCGAUUUCAUGGCCGUGAUCAGCCCGUGAUAUUUUACACACUUAAGACUGACAGAACUGACGAUGACAAGCAACCUUUUAAUUGGCUUGCGAUCAGUUUCUCGCAUUGAUGGAACUUUCUUGCUUGAAUUGGGGAGUAGCUGCUGGGUGGAUUUCAACUCGUAACGGGUCUUUAUCCACCGGGCAAAUGAACGAAGGUUACUUAAAAUACCGCUUAAGCCAUUGAGCGGUCAUUCGAAGCUCAGGAAUCGGUGCAGUUGAACUUGCUAGAAGUGCUACACUUUAUCAAUACCUUCAUCCUCCUCUAAAAAGUUGUUGCCCGUUGUGCCAAUUUUGAGACUGCACUUGGUGGGUGGCGCAAAACGGUGAACUCCGCUGCUUGCUGGUGAUCAUAUCACUUUUUGUUAAACGCGAUAGUUUUUAAGUUAGCUGUAGUUUUGAUUUAGGUAUGGGUGUAGUGCAGAAGGAGAUAAAAAACGCCUACGCAAACUGGUUGUUUAAAACUUAGAAGUUCCUGCCGCUACAAUACGGUCUCAACGUGUGUGUAUCUCCUCGGUGUAACAUUAAAUAGCUCUAGCUGAAAGUUGGAAGAAACAAGUAUUCUUUUGUACGUGCAUUGCUAUGAAAUAGGCUGGCUAAACAUUUUUUGAUAAUAAGGUAUUGAGGUGCUAGAGAAAGAGAAUAUAAUGGAUUGUAUUUUUUAAAAUGAGAGAAAAUAACAUGGCAAUCUUUGUGGAUGAGAUAAAGUCCCCAGAAUAUGGGGUAUAAGAGACCCAAAUAUUUUGCUUGCUGAUUAAUCAUGCCAGCCAGUCCCGCGGCGCUGCUACUGUCCCUAUUGUCCGCGAGCAGUCUGUAUUUAAUUUAUUUGCUGGUAGUACGCAAAAUACUGAUUUAUGAUAGUGGCGUCAGCGCGCCAAAGGUCCUUUUUGUACACUGGAAUCUUUGCAAGAGAACUCAGGAUCACGAUUUGAUUUAAUCAGCUUUGCAUUUUAUGUUUCCUCUUAAUGUGCAACGAUAUGACUUUUAAGUAGUAGUAAAUACUACACAGUUAACUCUCACUUUCACACACCCAUUUUGUAUACAAACCGACCCAUUAAAACCGAAAUGGAACGAGGGGAUUUAUUAAUUUUCCCCACCUCCGAAAAGCAUCACGUGCGCGGCCGAGCAGCUUGCAUUCCCCACGUUUUUCGUAUGAAUAAAUUCCCAAAUUUGAAACAAUCAUGGCUGCCGGCCGCUGUUAUACUGCCGUGUACAUUUACACAUACGACGCAAACGGCACAUCGGUCACUUAUAACGAUUGAUUGGUUAUUUUAGGGGACACUUUAAUCAUAAUCAUAAAACAUAAAUUACGCGGUAAACUCGUCGAUAAAAUAAUUAUCUCAGAUCCUGCUGAGUUGGAUGUUUAGUUGAGAGAUCUCUUUCCUUGAACACUCUUGAAUAGGAUAUUUUGAUGAUAAAUUUGUCAAGAUUAAUCACCGCGGUCAUUAUUUAGCAGCUGGAUCGUGUGGAUGUCAGAACGCAGUAUUAGGCAUGUAGAGCUGUACGUUUCCUCUGGUGAUAAAAAAGUGUAAUGACGUGUAUACAAAUAACUAAGCGAAAGAGAGACACGAAGAAGGGUCCGUGCAACGCAACGCACGUACUGUUAGUGUAAAGAAAUAUUUUUCAACGGUGCCCCUGUAAACUGAAAAAGAUCAGAGAAACCUGAAAGCAGCGAAAUCUUCUGAGUAAUAAACUUAAAAGUCGUUGUGUAAGCUUAGGGCGCGAAAACUGGAUUUCUAAUAUGCGGAUACAUAUGAAUAUAUACAUAUAUAACUAUGAUAGAACAUACAAUAAUUAUACGAGAGUGAAAAGAGUGGUGCGCGGUGCUGAGUGCGGGAGCCGCGAGCUGGGGACACGCUUUGUUGGACUGGGAAGAAAUUUGCGAACGUAACGUUGUUGUUAGCAGAGACAAGAUUUUUAUAUAAUCUAUUAUGCAUUAUGCGCAGGCGAUGCGGCGAUACUACUCGGUAUAAUAUUUAAAAUAAAUAAAAAAUCAGAGAAAUACACAAAAAGGAUCUAAGAAUACUACAAAAAAAAACACGUUUGCAUGUGUAUAAUUAAUAACUAGACUAGAGGGAUCAAGGCGGAUUUACAGAAAAAGAACAAUAUCCUAGCUGAACUGAAAAUCAAAUUUCGGUUGCACACAACACACUCACACUCACUGAUACACACGCGCAUGCCUUCUUAUUUUCCAAUAAACUACUUGUAUGUGGCAUAAGAUGUAAACGGUCUGAUGAAGCAUAAUUAUUUUCGGUAGUGUUCAACCGAUUAUUUACGUAGAAACACUCUGUGUAAUUUAUUUUUUACCUUAAGUUUAAUGAUUAAGAAGCAGCUCUUUCUUUAUUACAUGUAUUUCGAUUAUUUAGCAAACUGAAGUAAAUUAAAAACAAAUCAACUUAAAAA